AUGUCAACCAUAUCAAUCACUAAUAAUAACCAACCAACCAAUUAAAGAAAAGCUAGUUAACUAAAGCCAAUAAACGACUAGGAACAGAGAGAAGUACUUGAAAUUAAUGAUGAUAUCGAUGAACUACUCGAAAGCUAAGACGAUAAACAACAGAAAAUUGAAAGGAUAAUGUCAUAAUUACCCACUGCAAAGAACUUCACUCCUGGAAAGUUUUAAACUAAUCAAAAUCAAUUAUCAGACUAACCUACAACUGAUGAGAGAUCAUCUAUACUUGUGACAAAUUCAAUGGACAAGAGAACUGAAACUCUGCAAAUUCUAAGCAAAUCUUCUUCUAAUAUCUACAAACUCUCCCCAGUAAAGAAUAAAUUUAUUGAGGCAGACAAAAAUUGGUCAACAAUUAGUAAGAUAAUUAAAAUACAAGCACUGUUUAGAAGGAUUAUCUAGAGACGAAUAUAUUUGAAGUAUUUAGAAAAGUCGGUACUUAGGAUGAGUAUUCACAAAUAGAAGUUCAAAAAAUAUAUUGCAGAUAAACGUAAAAAGGAAGCUAGAAUGAAACUUAUUGAAGAUUAAAAACGGAAAGCUGAGGAAUUGAAGAGAAGGAAAGAAGCUGUGAGAGUGAUUGAAAAAUUUUGGUAAAUAAGAAUUCUUAGAAGAGAACUAAUGGAGAAAAAGAAAUAAUGGGAAAAUUUACCUCUAGAUUGCAGACUUUUAUGGAUGAGGUUCUCCGCUUUGAAGGAAUAAGCUUUCGAUCUUAAAGAAGAAAUAAGAUAUCUUAACAAUAAAAAGGCAGAUAAAAAACUUGAACUUUUGUAGGAAUAACAAUGA